UUUUUUUCCUCCAAUAACGCAUGCCUUCCUCUUAAUAAACAUCGCAGUCCGGCAGAUCUCACGCAGUACCUUUUUCAGUACCUUGGUAGGCCAUUAGUUAACUCGGUCAAUCACUUGACUGCAGUGUGGAAGGUCGUGGGUUCGAUUCUCUUGAGGCCGGACUAAUACUCAGGGUCUUACAACAGUACUGAGAAAUGAAGUCAAGGUACUUCCUCUGCCCUGCAUGCAAACGGAUAGAUCAGGCUUCGCGUAGCUAGGAUGACCAUGUAAAAUGGAAGUCCCGUCUCCUGUAUUAGACGUAACAAUAAUGUCGCUAACUAAUACUUAAUUACUAUACUAUUACAGUAAAUACAUUUACACUCAAAUAAAGUGGAUCUUUAAAAUGAGAUGACUGGAGGCAGCCAUGAAAUUUAAUAUUAACAUUAUAAUACUUCCGGCUACCCGCUUCGUGCUCUUAAAACUGACUACCGUUGCACACUCGUCUUAGUUUAAAUCAUUUUUUGUUUACUGUAGUUUCAGUAUUAUUGCCCCAUCUCCACUUAGCCGUCUCUGCUAUGCCAUCUAUUGUGUUCCAGGGGCUGACACUAUCGUUUCCAACCUGCACUUUUGGGAAAGGCCAGACCUCGUCAUUAAAAUCAGGGAAUUCAAUCCACGAUAAAAAUUGCUGUUGCAUUUCCAUAGGUUUCAUCAGUUGCCAGUCUGUUACUACAGUGGAGCCAAUUAUUCCAAACCAUCCCUUUGUGUCUUCCUCGGCCAUCGACAGAACUGGAGUGUUUCCUCCAGGUACAAGGUAGGUGAUGGGUUUUGUCCAAUCACUGUCCUUUCCGAGGCUUUCACAGUCAGCAAAAAUUUCCUUCCGGCAUUGUCACAAGUAACUGUUACAGUGAAUUCUAAGGGAAGGGUGUUUUUCUGAUGCAUUUGUUAACAGGGAGACUUAAAAUUUAUUUUUACUUCCACGAGGGUCCUAUGAGUACAAAAGCUCAGUCCAGCAUUUCAAAAUUCGAAAAGUGUUUCAAUUAACUUUUAUUGACAUGGUGAAAAACUAUACUUUCUUACAUAAAUCGUUUUUCUUUCGCUUCUUACUUUAAGCUGAUGGAACGGCUGGCGUAUGUUAUAUUGAGCCUCAUCCUUUCCUGAGGUUAAUCUCUCCUUUUUCUUUAGAUAGCACGUGGUGACGGACGAGUGAGACGUAUUUUUCUGAGCUCCCCAUUUCUUUGAGUUCUAAACGUUCUAAAACAUGUCAGGUAAAUCAAAAAAAGGCCAAAAGAAGCCGUCAAAUCAUUCUGCUAAUCAGACGGCAGCAGAACAAGCGGAAUUAUCCGAAACCGAAGAAAGUGUGUCUUUCCGGGAUGGCAACGAAGCAAUAAACAUGGCCGCCGGUCUUCAGGAUUUUGAAGUAAUUCUGACAAGACGGUUGAAGGAGCAAUCUGAGUCUAUUCACGAUAUGAUGCUUAAGUACUUCAAGCUUUACAAAGAUGAUAUAGACGAAAUUAAACGAAGCCAAGCUUUUGUUGACGCCAAAUUCGAAAAGGCUAAGAAGGCAACUGAAGAUCUAACUUCGGAGAACCGGCGCCUGAGAUCAGAAGUAGAUGCCCUGAAAGGGCAGCUUAAACAGUGCGAAAUUAAGCUGGAGGAAGUCGAAAACGACAGCGAGGCAUUAAAGCAGUAUCUUCGUCGUGAUAUGUUGGAAAUACAUGGCGUGCCUACGCGACCUGAUGAAGAAACAGACGAUCUUGUGUGUAAGGUUGUGGAGUUGGUUGAUCCUGAGCUUGAGAUCUCGUUGGCCGACAUUUCUAUCAGCCAUCGUCUGCCAAGUAGAGAAGGCCGAAAUGCCCCUCAAUAAUUGUAAAGUUCUGUCGUCGUAAUGUCCGUGACCGUUUGUUGAGCAGAAGAGAGAUAAGGAGUAAGACAGCUAUGGAUCUUGGUUUUACCGAAGAGUUUGACUUGUAUAUCAACGAGAGCUUGACACAGAAGAACCGCGAGCUUUUGGCUAAGGUUAAAGAGUUCAAGAGGGUAAAUCACUUCAAGUUUGCCUGGACAAAGAAUGGCAAAGUUUUGUUGCGUAAAGAUGAUAACCCAGCAUCCCAAGUCUAUUCUUUUAUGUCUAUGGCAAAUUUUGAGGAGUUCAAGAACUCAAGACAAAGCUAAGUAUCGGGCUAUAUGCAUUGACAGUUAAUUAUUAGCCACUGAAGCCAAAUGGCUUCUGACUCUGAGCUCCCUGAGCCUGAGCUCCCUUUUUCUCAUCUAGGCAAUAACGAUUUUAAUAUUGCUUUAUAUGAAAUGACACAUGGACCUCUACAUUAUGAUAGCGAACGAUUAAGCUCUCUUUUGUACAACCCAAUUGAUAAUUCGUCUGUCUCUAAUCAGUUUUUCUUUAAUGAGUUAGAUCCAGAUCAACAGUUUACUUUUUCUCCUCCUCCUAGUAAUUAUUAUACUGAGGAUGAAAUUAAUGCUAAGCUAACUAAUAUUUCAAAUUCUCCUUGCUUCUCUGUAUUUCAUAUUAAUACACGAAGCCUAAUCGGUCAUUUAGAUAAAUUUAAAUUCCUGCUUAGUCAUUUGCAAAAUCCAUUUUCUGCCAUAUGCGUAUCGGAAACCUGGCUAACUGAGCUUACGUCGGACCAGGUGGAAAUACCUGGAUAUAAAUUUAUUUCGAACCACCGCGAUAGCAAGUCCGCCGGUGGAGCAGGUCUUUAUUUACUUGACGAUUUAGAAUACAAAUUAUGCCGCGAUUGUAAUUAUUCUGAACCUGAAGUGAUCGAAACUCUUUUUGUUGAAAUUAACAUUCCCAAUGGGAAAAAUAUUAUAGUUGGUACUGUUUAUCGUCCGCCUAAUUAUAACACUCGGGACUUUUUGGAAAAAUUUAAUGAGAUUCUUGCUAAAAUAACUAGAAAUGACAAAUAUUGUUAUUUGGGUGGAGACUACAAUAUAGAUCUGUUUCACUAUUCCGAUCAUGCCCCUACUCAAGAAUUUGUUGAUAGUCUAUUUUCCCAUAUGUUCAUUCCUCUAAUCAAUAGACCGACUCGGAUCACUGCUCAUUCGGCCACACUUAUUGAUAAUAUAUUCACGAAUAAUGUAAGGUGUAAACAUUUCAAUGGUAUUGUUAUUAAUGAUAUUUCUGACCAUCUACCGGUUUUUGUUUAUGAAGUGGAUGAGACAGAAAUAGCGUCGAAAAAUAGCCAAACUAAAUAUCUCACUAAAAGAGAUUUUUCAGAAAGAAAUAAGAGCAAUUUUCGGCUCUCUCUUUCUCGUGUUAAUUGGAAUUUACGUUUCGAUGAAAGCGAUACUAAUGAAUGUUAUAAUAGUUUUGUGAGUGAGUAUGUUCGAUUAUACAAUGAAAGCUUUCCAUUAAAAACGAUAAAACUCAAAACAAAGAAAGUAAUGCGCUCCCCUUGGAUAACGCAAUCUCUGCUUGUUUCUAUCAGGAAAAAAGAUAAACUCUAUAAGCAGUUCAUUAAUUCUAGGGACUCAACUACUGAGUUAAAAUACAAACGCUAUCGGAACAAACUGAAUCAUCUUAUAAAAAUUGCUAAACGAAAGUACUAUGAUACAAAAUUUGAGAAGGCUAAAAAUAACCUGAAAGAAACUUGGAAACUAAUCAAUGAUGUAAUCAACAAACCGAGCAGAAAAGCAGCUCUGCCAAAUUCCUUUUUCUCUGAUGGAAAACUGUUAAAUGAUCCACAAGAAAUAGCUAACUGCUUUUGUAAGUUCUUCACCAACAUAGGUCCGAAUUUAGCAAGGAAAAUUCCAGACACACAAGUAUCUUUUCGUAGUUUUCUUGGCGUUUCUGUUAAUGAGUCGCUUAUCUUAAAUCCAACUAAUAUUUCGGAACUAAAUCAAAUAUGCAACUCUUUUAAAUCUGGAAAGUCGCCUGGAUAUGAUAACGUUUCAAUGGAUAUAAUAAAAAGCACCUUUGAUCUCAUUUCUCAGCCUUUGGCCAAUGUAAUCAAUUUGUCUCUUAUUAAAGGAGUAUUUCCUGAUGAACUGAAAAUUGCUAAACUGAUUCCGGUAUUUAAAGCUGGUGAUUCCCAGUAUUUCACUAACUACCGUCCAAUUUCGCUUCUUUCUAAUUUUUCUAAAUUCUUUGAAAGAGUUAUGCACAAUCGUAUUACAAAUUUUUAGAUCGUUUAGAUAUCUUAUACUGUUGCCAAUUUGGAUUUCGUAAAAAUAUUCUACAGCGCUGUCUUUAAUUCAUCUUAUUAAUAAAAUUGCAACUGCUAUUGACAGAAGCGAAUAUACAGUUGGCAUAUUCUUAGACUUAUCAAAAGCAUUUGAUACUUUAGACCAUCAAAUACUCUUGUCUAAGCUUGAGCAUUAUGGGAUUCAUGGGCUAGCACUUAGCUGGUUCAAAAGCUAUUUGUCAAAUCGCGUGCAGUUCGUCCAGUACAAAGAGACUUGUUCUAUUAGGCUGACUCUGAGCUGUGGAGUCCCUCAAGGUUCUAUAUUAGGACCAUUAUUGUUUGUUUUGUAUAUCAAUGACCUCCCUUGUGCUACUCGUCUUGCUGAAACUAUGCUUUUUUGCAGAUGAUACUAGUGUGUUUUAUUCUAAUCCCGAUUUAAAUUGUGCUAUUUCUGCCGUAAAUAAUGAUUUAUCUCAAAUUGCUCUUUUUAUGAAAGCAAAUAAGCUCUCUGUUAACAUAACGAAAACUAAUUAUAUCAUUUUUUUGCAGCAAGGCAAAAACCAGUCGGCUUCCCAAUAAAUCCUGUCUUGUACGAUGAGGUUUUAUUAAAACAAGUAAAGGUAGUUAAAUUUUUAGGGGUUUUUAUCGACGAGCAUCUAACGUGGAAGCCGCAUAUUACUUAUAUAUGUAAGAAAAUUUCAAAAUCUAUUGGCGUCAUGUUUAGGUCUCGUUUCUUUCUUUCUGAAACAACAAAAAGUCUCUUUAUUAUACCUUAAUUUAUCCUUAUUUAACAUAUUGUACCACAGUUUGGUCCUCCACUUAUGUAACAAACCUUAAUAGAAUUUUUCUUCUACAAAAGCGAGCAGUACGAAUUAUUACAAAUGCAGAUUUUCGCGCGCACUCUGAACCAUUAUUUUUCCGUUUAAAGAUUUUGGACAUAUACAACAUUAAUUCAUUCUAUACUGCACAAUUUAUGUUUUCAUAUUAUCAUCAAUUACUGCCACCGCUUUUUUCGAACCUUUUUGUUACUAGUAGCAAUAUUCAUAAUUAUAAUACUAGAAGUUCCUCGCAUUUUCGUUCUCAUGCCUGCCGAACUAACACCAAACAAUUUUCUAUUUUGUUCCAAGGCCCUAAAAUUUGGAAUUCUUUACCAAACUCAGUCACUUCGAUUUUUACAUUGCAAUCGUUUAAAACGAAAGUUUUUGAUUUUCUACUAUAUCGAUAAUGCGUCUUGUACUGUCCGUUGUUGUGUGUUGUUAUAGUUCUAUUGCUUAAUAUUAUUGUAACGAGGGGGCCUCCUCGUACAAGCCUUGUGGUUUUCUGAGGUCCCCUCGCCACAUCUUUGUAUAAUGUAAUGCUUGUGUAAUCUUUAUUGUGGGAAAAUAAUAAAUAAAUAAAUAAAAUAAAUAUUUAGGGUUCGUUCCUUUUAUGAUCCAAGAUCACUUGGAUCAUGGUGCAUCUGAGGAACUGAUAAAUCCCAUAUUGAAGAAAGGAUUUAUCGCUAAAUUCUAUCCACCAUCAUCCAAGUGA